AGGGUCUGGAAAUCAGGCUUGGCGGCUAAAUAGAAAAAUGGCUAUAGCUACUCGCGACCUGUCGUGAUUUGCGCGCAAUCUAGGUAUAAGCUUAUAUUGCCUUAUUAACCGCCGAAUCCUACUGGAACAAUCGGCCCGAGUUAAAAGCCUUUAGUUAUAUAUGUAGUUAUAUAUGAGCGAGCACAUUACUAUGGCUCGAUUCUGUAGGAUAGAUUUCACUGGAGUUCAGAGACCGGAACUUGUCUCAUCGGACUUUGUCUCUCUUCGCGAAAAAUAAUCCCGGUCAAUUACUUCGGUUCGUGAGAAAAGUUCGACAAGAUGGUUGGCGGCGGCGUUCAGACGGACAAUAUCGUCCAUCGCAUGGCGAUGGAGGAUAAGGUUCCAUGGCACAAGAAGAAGAAUUUGCGCUACCUGUACUUCAUGUUGUUUCCGUGCUUGAUGGGAAUCGAAAUGACUUCUGGAUUCGAUUCACAAAUUAUCAACGCCGUCCAGCUGGUUCCCGCGUGGAGUAACUAUUUCGGACAUCCAACAGGUGGUUACAAGGGCAUCUUGGCCUCGGCAUUACCGCUCGGCUCCGUCAUCGGUCUUCCAUUCAUCCCGCUCCUCAACGAUAACUUGGGUCGACGAUGGUGUGUGAUGUUUGGUAGUGUAGUGAUGAUCAUAGGGUCUUUGAUCCAGGGGUUCGCUGUCAACGGCGCGAUGUAUAUUGUCUCUCGGCUUAUCAUUGGAUUCGGGCUUCCCUACGCUAUUGUUGCAGGAUCAAGUUUGAUCGGAGAACUUGCGUAUCCCAAAGAGCGUGCUAUCUUGACAUCCCUGUUCAACGCGGCCUACUUCAUCGGUGCUAUCGUGGCUUCGUCUGUAACCUAUGGAACUCAGCAAAUCCCGUCGGACUGGUCCUGGAGAGUUCCUUCCCUUCUUCAAAUGUCGCCCUCUCUGUUACAGGUUGCCUUGAUUCUAUUCCUGCCCGAAAGUCCUCGAUUCUUGAUUAGCAAGGAGCGAUACGAGGAAGCCUUCAAAGUCCUAGUUACAUACCACGCUGAGGGUGAUGAGAAUUCGGAGUUCGCUAAGGCGGAAAUGGCCGAGAUUAAAACUACUAUUGACAUUGAGAUGGAACAUUCGAAGCGCUCCUGGAUGGACACGUUCAGCACAGCAGGAAACCGAAAACGUGUGAUGAUAGGUUCGCUCGUAGGAGUUAUGUCGCAACUUUCCGGAAAUGUGGUUAUCUCCUACUACUUGGGCGAUAUCCUUAACCUGAUCGGCUUCACGGACCCUAGCUUCCAGGCCAAAUACAACAUCGGGAACCAGGUCUGGGGUUUAGUCUGCGCCGUAUUGACCGCACUUCUGGUAAUGAGAUUUCGCCGGCGAACAAUGUACUUAACGUCGAUCAUUGGAAUCUUGGUGAUCUAUGUAGCAUGGACUAUAUCCGCGGCAGAGGCUAUCGUGGGAGGUUCAAAAGCUGCGGGUAAACUCUGCUUGUUCUGGAUCUACGCAUACCAACCAGCCUACAACAUGGGUUUCAAUGCUCUGACAUACACGUACCUUAUCGAGAUUUUCCCGUAUGCCAUGAGAGCUCGUGGAAUUUCAAUCUUCCAGUUCUUCGGAAAAGCCUCCCAGUUCUUUGGUACGAAUGUGAACCCUGUCGGAUUGGACCCUAUUACCGGCAUCGGCUGGAAGUUCUUAAUCGUGUACUGCUGUUGGAUUACUGUCGAGGCCAUUCUCAUCUAUUUCCUCUGGCCCGAGACUUCGGGCCGCACUCUGGAGGAGCUUGCUUUCUUGUUCGAAGACGAUGAGCGUGCUCAUGCCGCGACGGAAGCUGUCGAGAAGCAAAUCCAUCAUGAGGAAGUCAACCACCACGAGGAUGUGGACGUGUCCAAAACGGCUAGUAAAGACCAAGUUUAAAACACUAAAUGUGGCCUCUAGUAUUAUAGCUCACUUGGUACUAUGAUUCGUUCACCAAAGAAGGCCCCAGCCUUGUCAUGGGUUGGAAUAUUGCCCAAGAGGCUUCAAAUAUUAUCUUAGAUUAAGGUAUAUUGAGUGACCCCUUUCGGGGACUGCAACUUGAAUACAUAUUAGAGAGCUA